AUCAAUUGUUAAGAUCGAAGAAUGAGGAGGCCGGCCGACGCCCUGCCGGCGGGCAAUGACCUUAUGAUCAGCGGCGGCGGUAAUAGUGGUAACAGGAACAAUAGUUGCAAGCUGAGGAAAGGGCUGUGGUCGCCGGAGGAGGACGAGAAGCUGACUAACUACAUGAUGAGGAAUGGGCAAGGGUGUUGGAGUGACGUCGCGAGGAAUGCCGGUUUGCAGCGGUGCGGGAAGAGCUGCCGCCUCCGGUGGAUCAACUACUUGCGCCCGGAUCUCAAACGUGGCACCUUCUCCGUCCAAGAAGAGGACCUCAUUGUUCACCUCCACUCCAUCCUCGGCAACAGGUGGUCACAAAUUGCAGCCCGAUUGCCUGGCCGCACCGACAACGAGAUCAAGAACUUUUGGAACUCCACCAUCAAGAAGAGGCUAAAGAAUUCUGGAUCAGAACAGGAGAUCAAAUUAGCGACGGCCGGAAACCUUGGUCAUGACCAGCCGAGUCAGAGCAUGUGCAUCGACUCCUUGUCCUCGUCCUCUUCCUCGAGAGCCGACCACUGUGAUCUACUCCCUCUCCCUGAGUUCAGCUGGUGCAAUGCUCCCCAAGUACUGGACCACGGCUCCUACUUCCAUGAAGCCCCCACCAAUGUGGCUCAUCAAGUUGCCAUGGCCUACGGCACAGGGAUGAUGGUGAUGGAGGAAGGAAGAGGAGGCGGAGGGAUCAUGGAAGGAUAUGAAGAUCUCUUUGUGCCUCCUCUUGAUGGGAGUACUGGAAGGAAUUGCAUGGUGAGCAGUGGCAACAUUGAAGGGAAUUACAUGGUGCAGCAAAGCAGUGAGAGCAGUGCUGGUGAUGGAGGUGGACUGGUGGUGAAUUGGGAGGGUGGAGAAAGCAGCAUUAGAGUGGGGGAAUGGGAGUUGGGAGAAUUGAUGAGAGAUGUCUCUUUUCCUUUCCUUGAUUUCCAAGCUGAAUGAUAUGGACUCCAUUAAUCACUUCCGCAGACAUACAGAUGAGAGAUACCCAAAUACACUUCAAAGUGUAGUCGAUUUGAAUUCAUUGAAGCUCAUUUUUAAUUGUGUAAC